UCAAUUAUACAUCGCAACUUAAAAGUUCAAAACAUUCCGUUUUCAAAUCACUAAAAUUAAGGUAACUGAGUUCAUUCUGUGCUUUCCAAGGGGUGCCGGCUUAGUCACCAAAGGAUCAGGAACAGAUAAAAUGAUUGUAAGGAAAGUAUUUACGAAGGAAAAAUAAUGAUUAUAUCUCAAUAACAAACAACGGCAGAUAUGGAGGCAGCUUUGCCGCACUUUCAUCGCUUAGCUUCUUCAAGAUUCUACCAACAGUAUGCAGCUCCACCGGUUCAUAUAUCCAGUAACUAUCUCCACGAUCUUGUCCCACAACAGCAUCCAACGCUGCUUCAACAAUAUCUCUCGUACUACCAUGAACCAUCGUUACCCCUCGAUCUCUCUGUUAAGCAAACCACACCGAUCACUCCUCCAUGUACUCCACCACCUCAAAAAAGAAAACUUACCGAGACUAAAGCACACAAACCACCUAAAAUAUUUCGUCACUUUGAGGACGACGAGACGAAAGAUGAACCUGAAGACAAAAUUAAACGAAAAAUUGACGAAGAAAAUUCGAACGACAGCGAUAGCCCCGAAGCUAAAAAAUUAAAGUUUACAAAACAGUUUUUCGAUGAAUUGCGUACUUGCCUCCCAAACGAUGGAGAAAAAAGUGGUAGAAGUUCCCCAGAAAUUGUUGAGAUCAAGGAUGUCGAAGAGCGCCCCAGAAAAUCACCGAAACCGCAACAGCCAUUGAAAAAAAGCAAAGUUGUCAGGCGAUUGAUGUUUGACGAAGAUAAGACCUCGCCGGUAUCAGGGACUAUUAUAAGAGAUCUUGAUGAAGACGAGACAUUAGUAGUGAGAAAGGGUGACAUAGACCCCGCAUUUAACGUGGUGGAAGUGACUGAGGAGGCAAAGGCUUUAAUAGCAACGAUCGAGAAUCGUUUAGGUCGAUACAUCUGCAGACUGUGCAGGCGUUUGUACAAUGACGCCUUUGCCCUGGCCCAGCACAGAUGUUCAAGAAUUGUCCAUAUUGAAUACCGAUGUCCUGAAUGCGAUAAGGUAUUUAACUGUCCAGCCAAUCUGGCUUCGCAUCGUCGAUGGCAUAAGCCGAGGGUACCUGGAGCGACCAAACGUCGAGAGCCUGCGAACACAGAGUCCGGCCGCUUCUCUUGCGAGAGGUGUGGAAAGCUCUUCCGGAGGCAGGCGUAUCUACGGAAACACCUUUUAGCUCAUGAACAACCAGACAACGAUAUCGAUAAGGAGCCAUCGGCCUUCCGUCAAGUCCAAGUUGAUUAUUCAUAUCAACCGGAAAUCGUGCGAGACAACAAUUUCAACAACUUCUGGAGUAAGAUACCGCCCCUGCAAAGAGAGACGAGCUGGGAGGAUGUUCGCGCCCGCUGUCCUUCAAAUUACUCCUCUGAGGACUCCCGAAGCCUCGAUGUUACGGGAUCGGAGGACGAAGGGGGCGGGACGGUGGAUGGCUGACGUCACAUCCUGCGGCCAGUGCCGCGUUUUCCGUACAACCUUGGCUCUGCCUACCCCUAUUCAGGGCCGUAUGGAGACUCUUUCUAUUUCUCCUAAAGGUACUUCUAGCAUCAAGAUUCUGUGUAUAAAUCGUAAAUAAUAAUCACGUAGUUUAGGUAUAAUGGUGUAUAUGUGUGCUUUAGCUAAUUACGAAUUGUACAGUGAUUUAUUGAUUUGGAAAUUUUUAAGUGUACAUUCUCCUACAGCAACAUUCCAAAAUGAUUUGAGACGAUGUCAAACAUCUCAUGUGUAAAUAACAUAUUUAAUAUAACAUAGUCAUAUAUAUGAAGUAGCUUAAAAAUCAGUAUAUCAUGUAGCAAUCUCCUCCAGAGAAGUUGAAAAUGCGUUUUGAUGUCCAGAUAAUUUCAAAAGGUUCGAAACCAAUUUAUACAUGUCUAACAAUUGAAAUGUCACCUAUUUAAAGGUCAUUUCUGUAUUGAAAUUACAAAAUCAAUAAGUUUGUGCAUAUUUUUAGAUGCACCGCAUCGAUACUUCACAUAAUUCUUUCAUUGCCUCCAUGGCGAUUCUCGGGGGUCAUGUCCUACUUAUGACACUAUAAAUAGAGGUACAAUGUACGAUUAUUAGUAUGACUUCUAGUCUUGAAACCAAAUAAAAAUAUUUUGUAAACUUUCAUUUAGAUUUUGUAAGUUUUAGUCACUAAAACCAAAUAUUUAAUCUAAGAUCUCAAGUAUAAUCUAGUCAAAUACUUAUAAAAUAUAUUUUUGCUCACUUGAUGGGCAACAGCAAAUAAUCCCGAAACAACAAACAACAACAAGAAAAUUAUUAUUAAAAUACGUAAUCAGAAAAUAGUUGUUUCUAUUUUUCUUGAAGUCUCGAAGUCAUGAUUUCUCGAGAAGAAUAACGGGAAUAUUUUUCGGUCAAACAAAUCCUAGUCAAGCAUAACUAGUCAAGUAUCUUUAGGUCUCAAUAUAUUCUUAUAAAGUUUUGUCUAGUCAUUUUUUCAUUAGUCACUAUAGUUAGCUAUUUCGAAUAAAAGAAAU